AUGGCUACAAUUACAACCACCCAGCUCGACCUCAAAGCCCCACGAGCCUCAAUAUCAAGCACCACCAGCACCAGCACACUCUACACACUCACCGAUCCAAGCACCUUCACCCCAACCCGCAAAUUCAUCAUCAACGCCCACGGCAUCAGCGCAUUCCGACUCCCCAUCCCAUCCCGCCAAACCGAAAUCACCAUCCAAAACCCCAACGGCAGCAUCGCCUACACCUCCACGCGGGACAAGAUCUGGUCCGGAAAUUGCGUCCUUUCACACCCACAGGAGGGAAACCUUAUUCGCACAGACUAUUUCUUCGGACCCAAUCGCGAGCCUAUUCUGCGUCUACUGCAGACGUCGAGUGUCCUCCCGGAUGAAAUUAAAGUUACGGGGCAAUGGACGUCGCGCACGACGCGGUUUAUGAUGCCGGAUGGAGGGGAGUAUGAAUGGGGGUAUGCGAAGGAGCAGAGGGAUGGGGAUCGGAUCAAUUUGCUUGUUCUUCGGGGUGUCAAUGGGAAUGGGAAUGGCAAUGUCAAGGACAAAAGUAAAGAGGGGCAGAUCGCGCAAUUAGUGCGUGGAGCGGAGACUCGGACGCCCGGAAGCUCCCGGUGUACGGCUGGCAACGGCGGGGAAUUGCAGGUGGAUGAAGGGGCCAUGGAGGGUCAAUUGGAUGUCGGGGUGAUUGUUGCGACGUGUUUAAUGAUGUUGAAGAAGGAGAUUGAUCGGAGGAGAAUGAUUCAGCUUUGUGUGAUCGGGGGUGUUGCUGGAGGAGGGCCAUAA